AACUUUUAAAAAAAAACCAUGUGUAACGGGUUCACUUGCUCUAAAAACACCCUGGUAGGGUUAAAUAUUUUCUAUAUACUGGUCUCAUUUCUACUCAUAGGAGUCGCUGUGCACGGGAAAGUGUCUGGAAUUGUGACCAGUUUACCAAUUAUUGGUGGAAUCACAGCAUGUGGGAUCUUCCUUCUUAUAGUUUCUAUAAUUGGUCUUAUUGGAGCCAUGAGACAUCAUCAGGUGACGUUGUUUGUUUACAUGAUCGUCCUGUUCUGUAUCUUCAUAAUCCAGUUCUCUGUAUCCUGCGCUGCUCUUGGAGUAAACGACAAGGAUGAAGAAGUUAUUUUGAAUAUGGGCUGGAAAACUGCUGCUAACGAGACUAAGCUAGAUGCUGAGAAACUAUUCGACUGCUGCGGACUUACUAACUCUACCAACCCUAUGGAUGCUUACAAGUGUGAAGAAUUAACCUGCUUCAAAUCCAAAGAAAGUGUUGAUGGGGUAAGUUUAAAGUAACAAUUGUCUCGUUAAAAAAGUUUUGAUCUUAGGUUUCAAUUAAAA